AUGUCAGAGCAAAAUUGGAAACAGACUUUGAAUCUUCCAGCCAAAGAUACUAGACCACAGACUGAUGAUGUUUUGAAUACAAAAGGUAAAACUUUUGAAGAUUUCAAUUUGAAAAGAGAAUUAUUAAUGGGGAUUUUUGAAGCUGGUUUUGAAAAACCUUCUCCAAUUCAAGAAGAAUCAAUUCCAAUGGCACUUGCUGGUAGAGAUAUAUUAGCAAGAGCUAAGAAUGGUACCGGGAAGACUGCUUCUUUUGUUAUUCCUUGUUUACAACAAAUAAAACCAAAAUUAAAUAAAAUUCAAGCUCUUAUCUUGGUCCCAACAAGAGAAUUAGCUUUACAAACUUCUCAAGUUGUUAGAACCUUGGGUAAACACCUUGGUGUCAAUUGUAUGGUUACUACUGGUGGUACUUCAUUAAAAGAUGAUAUUUUAAGAUUUCAUGAUCCAAUUCAUGUAUUAGUUAGUACUCCAGGUAGGGUUUUAGAUUUAGCUUCAAGAAAUGUUGCUGAUUUUUCUGAAUGUCCUUUAUUCGUUAUGGAUGAAGCCGAUAAAAUGUUAUCAAGAGAAUUUAAACGUAUAAUUGAACAAAUUUUGGCCUUUUUUCCUCCAAAUAGACAAUCUUUAUUAUUUUCUGCCACUUUCCCAUUAGCAGUAAAAUCUUUUAUGGAUCAACAUUUAACCAAACCUUAUGAAAUUAAUUUAAUGGAUGAAUUAACCUUGAGAGGUAUUUCUCAAUUUUAUGCUUUUGUUGAAGAAAAACAAAAAUUACAUUGUCUUAACACUUUAUUCAGUAAAUUACAAAUUAAUCAAUCAAUUAUUUUUUGUAAUUCAACUAAUAGAGUUGAAUUAUUAGCUAAAAAAAUUACAGAAUUAGGUUAUUCUUGUUAUUAUUCUCAUGCUAAAAUGCCUCAACAAGCUAGAAAUAAAGUUUUCCAUGAAUUUAGACAAGGUAAAGUUCGUAAUUUAGUUUGUUCUGAUUUAUUAACUAGAGGUAUUGAUAUUCAAGCUGUUAACGUUGUUAUUAAUUUUGAUUUCCCAAAAACUGCUGAAACUUAUUUACAUAGAAUUGGUCGUUCUGGUAGAUUUGGUCAUUUAGGUUUAGCAAUUAAUUUAAUGAGUUGGAAUGAUCGUUAUAAUUUAUAUAAAAUCGAACAAGAAUUAGGUACUGAAAUUAAGCCAAUCCCUGGUAAUAUUGAUAGAUCUUUAUAUGUUAAUGAAAAUGAAGAAACAGUUCCAAAACCUUUUAAAAUUGAUCAAUUACCUAAAGGUAACGAAACCGUUCAUAAAAGAAGUGGCUAUGAAUAUAAAGGCCAACCAGAAGAACAAACUACCGCCCCUCAACCUCAACAACCUCAACAACCUCCUCAAUUUCAACAAGCCCCUCAACCUGGUCAGCCUCCUAUUCCUCAGGCUCCUCAACAAUUUGCCUAUCCACCUUACCAAGCUCCUCCUCAAUUCAAUGGUUACCCCCCACAGUAUGGUUAUCCUCAACAACCACCUCAAUCCUACCAAUAG